GACAUCAUUCUUCAUUAGUAUUUUAGUUGAAUAAUUCAAUAAUUGAAGAAUGAUGUCAAAGAGAGCAAAAACUAGCCAUUACAACCAUAAGCAUUCUUAUGGAAAUAUAAUGCUCUUAAAGAUGGCUUUUUGAAAUUUGUCUGCAAAUUUUACUCGCCUACAUUGAAUGAAGUGGGGUUGCUUCAGAUUUUGAAAGGAAUGAAAGCAAGAUGUUUUCUACAAGAAGUUUAUUACAUUGGCGAUCUCAGGAACAAUUGUCCUCUACAGAUCAUUAAUCACAUAAAUGUAAGCUCAUUGAAAACUAAGAAAGUAAAUCAAUAAAAUGCUAAACAUAAAUCACAUGCAACUGGUUAAUGAUGUUUUGCAUGAAAUAUUCAUCGGUUACGAUUCUACACUAUAAAAAGGUUCGUCUGAAACUACAAGGUUUCGUGAAUGGAAGAGGCAUCCAUCAGAAUGUGUUCUCUAAUAAUGCAAUGAUAACGAAAUUAUCACAGAAGGGAAACAUAGAUAAAGCUCGCCAAGUGUUUGACGAAAUGCCUGAACGGGAUGUUGUUUCGUGGAAUGCACUAAUCACAGGGUAUAUGCAGAAUCAAAGAUUGCAGGAUGCACGCCUUAUGUUUGAACAAAUGCCUGAAAGAAAUGAAAUCUCCUCGAUGAUUAUGAUCACAGGGUAUUCACAAAAUAGCAGGAUUGCAGAUGCGUGGCAGGUGUUUGACAACAUGUCAGAGCGAACUGUGGUUUCUUGCAAUGCCAUGAUAAGUGCAUAUGCGAGGAAUAGGAUGUUGGAGGAUGCACGCCAGAUUUUUGACGAAAUGACCGAACGAGAUGUUGUUUCGUGGAAUGCUCUGAUCACGUGCUAUGCUCAGAAUGGAAGAAUGGGUGAAGCUCAGAAACUGUUUAAACAAUUGCAGAAUCCGAACAUAGUCUCGUGGAAUUCUAUGAUUGAAGGAUACCUUCAGAGUGGAAAUAGCAAAGCAGCCUUACAACACUUCUCCGAAAUGUACCGGUUAGGUUGGAAACCGAAUCAGUCCACUUUUGCUAGCAUUCUUAGUGCAUGUUCAGGUUUCGAAGCUUAUGAUCAGGUCAGUUGUGUUCAUGCCUUCAUUCUUAAGAUGGGGUUUCAGGAUAACGUGGUUGUUGGGACUGCUCUUAUUAAUUCCUACAUCAAAUUUGGUAAUGUAGAUUAUGCUCGACGUGUGUUUGAUAAAAUGCCCGAGCGAAAUGCAAUUACAUGGACAACAAUGAUUGCAGGAUACACUCAACAUGGAAAAUUGGAAGACGCAUGCUACCUGUUCAAUACAGUACCUAAUCGACUUGCAGGCUCUUGGGCUGUAAUGAUUACUGGAUAUGCGCAAAGCGGCAAACUGGAGUCUGCACGGGAAUUAUUUGAUAAGAUGCCACACAAAACCGUGGUAGCAUGGAAUUCCAUGAUCGCCGCAUAUGCGCAGGAUGGAAGAUGGGAUUGUGCACGCCAGCUUUUCAACGAAAUGCCUGAACGGGAUGUGGUUUCAUGGGCAGCUAUAAUUGCAGGUUGUGCACAGAACAACAAAGCAGAGGAGGCUAUGAGUUUUUUCUCCCAAAUGCACCGAAUGGGCGUGAAGCCAAACCAGUUUAGCUUUGCUAGUGUUCUCUAUGCGUGUGCCAGCUUAGCGGCUUUGGAACAGGGCAAACAAAUUCAAGCUCAUAGUAUCAAAACAGGAUUCCAGUUAGAUAUAAUUGUGGGGAAUAACCUCAUUACUAUGUAUGCAAAAUGCAGGAGCAUAGAAGGGACGUCUCAAAUAUUUAACAAAAUUAACACCAAUGCUAUGGCUUUAAGGAGUGCUAUGAUUACUAGACAUGCCAAGAAUUGCAGGGUUGAUGAGGCACGCAAAGUGUUCGAGAAGAUGCCAGAAAAGAAAUUGAUCUCAUGGACAGCGAUGAUUGCAGGAUAUGCUCAGACUGGGGAUGGUGAGGAAGCUCUAAAACUGUUCUGUAAUAUGCUAUGGCAGGGCAUGAAACCAAAUCAGUCCACUUUUACUGUUGUUCUCAGUGCAUGUGCUAACCUAGCUGCUCUAGGACAAGGAAAACAAAUCCAGUCUCAAGUAAUUAGAACAGGUUUUGAAAAUGACGUCUUUGUGGGAAAUUCUCUAAUUACCAUGUAUGCUAAAUGUGGGACAACAGAUGCAUGUCAAGUAUUUGAGGAAAUGCCUGAAAAGGAUUUGGUUUCAUGGAAUGCAAUGAUAGCAGGAUAUGCUCAGCACGGGCUUGGCAAGGAGGCACUCCAGCUCUUUGAGAAGAUGAAAAAAUCACACACACGUCCAGAUGACGUCACUUUUGUUGGCGUGCUGUCUGCGUGUAGCCAUGCUGGCUUAGUUGAAGAAGGCUGGCAGAACUUUGAUUCUAUGAGUAGAGAUUAUUGUAUAAUACCAGGGCCACAUCACUAUGCUUGCAUGGUUGAUCUUCUUGGUCGUUCUGGGCUUCUGCAUGAGGCAGAAGACUUUAUUAACAAUAUGCCAACUGAACCGGAUGCUGCUGUGUGGGGAUCUUUGUUGGCUGCUUGCAGAAUCCACAGUAACGUGGAGCUAGGAAAGAAGGCAGCUGAACACAUUUAUGAAUUGGAACCACAAAAUACUGGCAUCUAUAUGUUGCUUUCAAAUAUCUAUGCUGCAGCUGGGAGGUGGGAUGAUAUGUCUACGGUUAGAACAAUGAUGAAAGAUCGAGGCCUGAAGAAAGAGCCAGCUUGUAGUUGGGUUGAAGUUAAUAACAAUGUACAUACAUUUGUAACAGGAGAUCGAACACAUCCUCAGGCGACAAAGAUAUAUGCAACUCUAGAUUGGUUGGCCUUGCAAAUGAAAGACUUAGGGUAUGUACCUGACAAAAACUUUGUGCUGCAUGAUGUAGAAGAGGAGCUAAAGGAAACUAUGCUUUUGCACCAUAGUGAAAAACUUGCUAUUGCUUUUGGGCUGAUUAAUAUAACUUCAGGGAUACCUAUAAGAAUCAUGAAGAAUCUCCGUGUUUGUGGAGAUUGCCAUACAGCCACAAAGUUUAUAUCUAAGAUUGUUAAACAAGAACUUAUUAUAAGAGAUGCUAAUCGCUUUCAUCAUUUUAACAAUGGAUACUGUUCUUGUGGCGAUUAUUGGUGAUGACAAAUGAAGUGCACUGCAAAGUUUUUCAUGAUUGGUAAUGCUUCAUGGAUUACUUCAUCCUAGUGCUUGUUGUUUAAGGAUUAUUGACAGAGUACAUGCAUGACAAUUGAGGUGGACUUAGUUGACAUUUUGCAGGGGAUUCCAUGUAAUUUUAAGGUUAAGACAUGUAGCCAUAUUGAUGAAUGGCAUGCUCAAUGCAUAGAUUCUCCAGAUGGGCUCAGCAUCCUCCCUGCAUAGCUUUUUCAGACAGGCACGACAUCCUCUCUGGGACCCUAUGUAGCUUUACAAGACACCAUCUUGCUAACUGUAGCAAUGAGAUACUAAUUGCAUAUAGCUAAUUUACUCCCGGCUAAUGUUUGCCCAGCAAUCAAUUCCAGUCAUUGCGUAAGGUAUAAACAUAGCUCUGUUUCGGUUCAUGUUUAACUUGUCAUGCACAAGCAUACACAGUCAUUUCCAGAAGUACACUCAUUCAAUUCCAUGUACUAUGAAAAUCGUAUGUGUAGUUUAGUCAUACAUAGGCAAUAGGGGUCUUGUAGCAAAUUAUUGAUCUGAAAUGCAACCAACAUGCAUAAGACCUGCAAAAUCAUGAAUAUACGAUUCCACCACAAUCAAGAAAACCUAGUUUGACUCACAUUGUUGAUACAAGCAUGUUGGUGAGGACUAUUGUAUAUGCAUGAUAUGAGAGGCAACUGGAGAGGUUAUUUUUAAAAGGUAUCACACAUAAAUAUACUUACCAGCAGGCCACAGCUCAACUAGGCAACAAUCAUACACUUAUCCACAUGAAUUCUAAAGAGUGAGACCAUACAGUAUAGCCCACACAGCAGUUAGGAGAACUCAUUAUGUCAUGAAACACAUGCAUAGUUACAGUCUCACCGCCUCAUAAAUUCAAUGGCU